GAUGGGUACACGUUAGACCUCUGCCCCUUAUACUUCUGUCACAGCAGCCCAUAAUCAAUGGCAGUUUAAAGGAUUUUGAUCAAAAUGCUAGGCACCAAACAUUUCUCUUCCUUAAAAACAUAUGGAUUUAAAUUCCUAGGCGUCAACUUCCUUAGGUUCCUAAUUUUAGACACCUGUUUCUGUUAUUGUUUUGAAAUGGUAGAUUUUUUUAUUAAUGUAUUGGUCACCUCAGUAAUAUAAAAAGAUUACAUUUUGUGCUCGCCUUUUUCAUCAGAAGUGACAUAGCACACCUCUUUGUAAGCUCAUGUUAACCAUCUUUACCUUUGGUGCUGAUGAGUAAAUGAAAACGUGGGAGCUGUAGGCAUGCAUCCCUCCAGUGAAGCUGUUUACAUUCCAUAGUUUGGGAUAUAAUUUUUUUUCUUUGCUAUUGUAUCGUGCAGUUUUUUUGCCUGUUCUAAUUUGCCAUGACGUGGUCAGUGCUGUUUCCUUCCGGCUGCUUGCGAGCCUGUGGUAGAGAUAAGGAUACGUUUACAGUGCAUUUUUAACAAGAAGCUGAAGAUCUGCUUCGUGUAGGAACUCGAGGACUCUCUGGAUUGUACAAAGAAUUUAUUUACUGGUUUCAUCUGUUUGACACUGUGGGAAUCAAGAUCUAGAGCAUUUUACUUGCAAAAUAACGACUUUGCUAAAUUUGAACUGUGUGUGAAGAAGAAAGGUGAUAUACUUGAGAUAUCCUACAGCUGAGUAGUGAUAAAGGCUAUUGAGGUGGGAAGAACAACUCAAGAAAGGAUUUCCCUUGGUUUGUUUCUCUUUGAGAAGAGAAGAGCGCAGGAACACUGAUGAUCUAAGAAAUACGAACACUGAUACUUGAUUCAUUUCAUGAUCCUGCCCUUCUGCCCAGCUGGACCUCGGUGACGCUCUCUGUUCUUUCAUAUUCAAGAACACUUUUCUUCUUAUGUGGAGCUGAGACCUGGGAAUGCGUUAUUAUGGCAGCAGUUGUACAGCAGAAUGAGCUUGUGUUUGAAUUUGCCAGCAACGUCAUGGAGGAUGAGCAGCAGCUUGGCGAUCCAUCUAUUUUCCCUGCUGUCAUCGUGGAGCAUGUUCCUAGCGCGGACCUUCUACAUAACUACUCUGGCUUAACCUGUGUGGAUGAACCUAGUGACAUGAUCACUGAGAGCUCUCUGGACGUCGCAGAAGAGCAAAUCAUAGAAGAUGAUGAUAUCACCCUCACAGUCGAAGCAUCUUGUCAUAAUGGAGAUGAAACAAUGGAAACAAUCGAGGCUGCUGAAGCACUUCUCAAUAUGGACUCCCCUGGUCCUAUGUUGGAUGAAAAAAGAAUAACAACUAUGUUUGGCGCAACUGAAGAUGAUGAUAUGGUGGCUCCUAUUACACACGUGUCAGUCACGCUUGAUGGGAUCCCUGAGGUGGUGGAAGUUCACCAAGCGCCAGACCCUUACGCUGAAUCACCAGAGACUCCAGAAUUUGAACAACCAAAGAAGAAAAAAGGGAAGAAGCCGAAACCGUCUCGUCCCGAGUCCCCUACUACAACUCCAAACAUAUCUGUGAAAAAGAAAAACAAAGAUGGAAAGGGAAAUACAAUUUAUCUCUGGGAGUUCUUACUAGCACUGCUCCAGGACAAAGCUACAUGCCCUAAAUACAUCAAAUGGACUCAAAGAGAGAAGGGCAUUUUCAAACUGGUAGAUUCCAAGGCUGUGUCCAGGUUGUGGGGAAAACACAAAAACAAACCUGACAUGAAUUAUGAAACAAUGGGUAGAGCUCUCAGAUACUAUUACCAAAGAGGAAUACUGGCUAAAGUAGAAGGUCAGCGCCUAGUAUAUCAAUUUAAAGAAAUGCCAAAAGAUCUCAUCUAUAUAGAUGAUGAAGAUGCAAGCCCUAGCACUGAAUCAUCAGAUUCAACUCUGCUCUCAACUCCUGUGGCCAAUAGAAACCAGUCGAGCAGAACUAGAGCAUCUGCAAACGUGGGAACAAAGGGAGGAUCAACCACAGUGCUAAAAACAGGAAACUCAAAGCCUGCUAAGCUGAAGGAGCACGUAGAAGUUGUACAGCAGCAGACACCUGGCUUGACUUCAGAAGUUUUGAGGACAAUGCAAUCUCCGCAGCCAGUACAUCCCACUCAGCUUUUUCGGACAGUUCACGUAAUGCAGCCAUUGCAGUCCCUCACAGAAGGACAUGCAGCUGUAACCAGUAAUGUUCCGGAUGAAACGUUAAAUCCCUCGGUUCAGAAUAUAAGGACUUUACAGACUCCAACCCAAGUUCCAGUGGUUGUUUCACCUGGAAAUCAGCAGCUGCAUGCUGUAACACUCCAGACGGUGCCUCUUACUACAGUGAUAGCCAGCACAGAUCCAGCCGCAGCAACAACGCCCCAAAAAUUCAUUUUACAAGCCAUUCCUACUUCACAAUCUAUGACGGUUCUUAAAGAAAACGUCAUGCUACAGUCUCAGAAGCCAGUCUCGCCUCCUUCCUCAAUUGUGCUGAGCCCAGCACAAGUUCAGCAGGUGCUCACCAGCAGCGUGCAGACAAUUUGCAAUGGAACAGUCAACAUGGCUUCGUCUCCAUCCUUCAGUGCCACUACCCCCGUGGUAACGUUUUCGCCUAGCAGCUCACAGGUGGUAGCGCAUCCAUCGGGCACGGUGAUCACUUCGGUUAUUAAAGCACCAGAAACGAAACAGAUUGGCGUACAAGGUGUGGUAAAAGAAGAAGACAGUGACAAAUUAGAUGAUACUGAGCAGUCGGAGCAGAGAUUCCAGCAGCAACCGUUUGUGAUGGUAGUGUCCAGUUCGAAUGGUUUCCCAUCUAACGUGCAAGUGAAGCAGGAAAAUGAGCCAUUGGAACCCAAUUCAUAUCAAUAAAUUUAAAAAAAAAAAAAAAAAA